UGUGAACUUGUGAAGGAUAAUCAUAAAAUAAUAUAGUUAAUGACAUUUUGUUUGUCACAAUGUAGAUGAAAAGGAUAUACAUGCGUAACAUCAUAUCAUUGUUAUCAUUAUUUACAAAUGAUCAUGAAUGAUAUACGUGUCAGAAAAAUUACUAAAUGAAUAUGCAAUAAUAAUGAAUAAUUGGAUGCACUCUUCCAGAACGAGUUUCUUUCAUAUACUUAAAAAACUUUAUUUAAAAAAGAUUAACUUAACAUGCAUUUUAGCUAAGAGAAACAUUAAUUGGAUAAUUUAAUAUAAUUUUCUAGUUAACACGAGUAUGAAUGAAACGUGAUCUAAAUAUGUGAUGAUCGUGAUUAUAACUUAUCUCAGAAAAAAAAACGAAUGAAAUCAAAAGCGGCUCUCCCAUUAUGAGAGAGAGAGAGAGAGAGAGAGAAUGGUAGUAGCACUGUUGAGUGUUGACAUUGAGAUAAGCAUAUAAAUCGAUGACGUCAUAAUCAAUUACUUCUCCAAGUCACAAAUCGCAUUUAACACAUAAAUGAUAAGCUUUGGAAGGUGGACAUUAAGAUCACAACAAGGAUAGCUAAUGGUGCAUAAGGAUGGCGCUACAAAAAAAGCUCUUGUAAAUGUUAUUCGGUGACGGAUGACAGGGUAGCUGGUGACGCAAGGCGAGGCCGUGACGUCAGAGGCAGAUGGAUGUUGCGCGGGAAAGGGAACAACCGUCUCUUCUCUUCCUCCGCUGCGCAGGCUCACCACCACCGCGUCUGCCCUGCGUGUCCCAGCCCCGCGCCUCUCGGGGCCAGCCAGGAGCCCCGCCGCCACCACGGCAACACACACUAACCAGCUGAUGCUCUACAGGAGGCAGCGAUGAUGGCGGAUGGUGGCGGCGGUAGCGGCGGCGGCGGCGUCGGUGGAGGUGGAGGUGGAGGGGGCCGCCACCGCUGCCGCCAUCAUGGGGAACAAAGGAGUGGCGUCCCAACGGUCGUGGAGGACAGAAUGGAGGCCGCUCACCCUUCCCCCGGUCCUGGGUCUCCUCGCCUGGCUGCCCUGAGAGGCCUCCUACCUAAAGUACUGAUUGGUCAUGAACCAGUCUCUGCACUGGAGAAACUGGCAGACUCCUGGCUACUGUCUUGUCCUUCAAAAAGCAGCUUUGGGGAGGAAUGUGAACUAGUUGUCACCCUGUUGUAUGCCAUCCUUGCUGUCCCCAGUAGUGGCACCCUGCUGCUUCCCCAGGAUAUUGCCUCCACUUUUUUUGAAAGAUGGAUGGAGGACGGGGGCAAGAUGCAGUUGUCUGAAUUGAUGAACUUCCUAAAGCUAGAAUGGAAGUGUGGUGCUACUCAAGUGUUGUUCUUGUUGUGUGCCAACUUGAUGCCUGAAGACUGGGGCCAGCCAGUAUUACAGGUUGAUGUCAGUGCCUGGACACAGGAAUGGCUGCCUAAUGUAGCUCCUCCUCCUUGGUUGUUGAAUGUUUUAGGUUCUAGGGAAGACUUAACAGAAUUUAUUACCCUUCUGAGGGUGUCUGCUUUGUUACUGCAGGGUGUGCCCAUCUCACAAACAGAGUGGGAGGUAUCAUACCUUGGAACACUGACCAGAUUCCUCUGUGCCAUAAGUCAGUACCAGCAAGGUGAUUACAGUCGCAGCUUGGACACAUUACAACACAUAAGCUAUGUGACGUGUGAAAGGAAAAUACAAGCAUGGGUUUUGCACCUUAGAGGACUGGAUCUGGCCAAGUUAGGGAAGCCUCACACUGCAUUAAUGAAACUCCAGGAUGCUGUGGACAGGAGCCCAGCUAGUCUUCCUGCUCUUUACAAUAUGGCAAGAAUCUUCCAAAGUCUGGGCGAGCAAAAGGCAGAACUAGAUGUACUGGAUUUGCUGGUGAAGAGUGGGAGAGGAAAGACAGAAGAACCACAAGUAAGUCUUCAUUUCUCCCUGCUAGCACUGCACCACACUCCCAAAAACUUCAUGAACAGAGCCCAGUACUAUUUGUCCUGCAGGUAUUUUCAAGAAAAGAAAUAUUUGGAAGCUGCAGAGAACCUGAAGUCACUGGUAGAUAAGAAGGCAUCUUACAACAGAUUGCAUGUCCCAGCUCCCAGGUCACUAUUGAGGCCCGAGGACAAUCUGCCGACUCUGCCAGCCUAUAGUGUGUUGUUGGUGCUGGCAGCCAUGGCUCAUGUGUCCAUUGCUUCUCAUCAGCAUGCUCUGGGAAUUCUUAGCCAUUGGUAUACUGCAGCAGAAGCCAUUGGUGGAUCCAACUUCUACCAUGACUGUCCUGAAGAUAGAAUGAAGGUGGUUGUGUCAUCUGCAGGCCAGGUAUUGCAUGCACAGACACUGAAGGCAUUGGGCCAGGAAGCAGAAGCUCUCAAGGAAUUUAUAAGGCUGGAGCAAGUACUGUGGUGGGUAAGAGGAGUUGAUGAUGGUGCUGGUGAUUCACCAAAGAAGUGGGACACUGUUAUGCUGCAUAUAAAGACUCUUGUAUACAAGAUAUUGUCAGAGAUGCACAAAGCCAGAGGCAUCUCCCAAAGUCACCAUCAUUACAGACGGCUUGCUAAACAGUGCCUUGAUGUCCUGCAAAAACUUCGACAUGAUGUCAGUGGGCAAGAUUCAUAUCCUGACCACCUUGCAUUGGAUGUUAUUCACAAAUAUUUCAAGAACUUUUUAGUUGAUAACCUUAUGGUACAAUAGAAUAGCAUUAGAUCCAUUGAUAAAUUUAUCUGCUUUUAUUGUUAUAUAUUAUACAGUAUAGGGAAACAGCUGUACUUGCAUAGACUAUUCUGCCUUCAUUUCUAACAUUAGUUGUAAAAUUCUAGUAUAAUCCUUGCGUGGAUAACUUUUUGCAUGUAGGUUGUUUCAGACUUUGUGAUAUGCAUAUUUUAUCAGAGGCAGAUUGGAGGGAAGUUGUGGGCAGCUUUGUAUUAUAUUAGAUUUCACAAAGUUUUGCAUAUUAUAACUGAGACAGGUUGUUUAUAUCAGUGAUUUCUAUGAUAUGAAUGUUAGUGUGUGUGUGUGUGUGUGUGUGUAUAUAUAUAUAUAUAUAUAUAUAUAUAUAUAUAUAUAUAUAUAUAUAUAUAUAUAUAUAUAUAUAUAUAUAUAUAUAUAAUGUAUAAGUUAGUAAAUUGUAUGGAAAAGAUAAAUAGACAAGACCUGGUAGCACUGACGGAGGAUGGGAAUAGACGAACAACAGGACAUUCCAAGAACAUCAUGAAAAGUUAGUGUCUGAGGAACAUCAAGAAUUUCAGUUUUCAUAUGGAAUGGAUUGAGCUAAGAGAUUGUAACAGCAGAAAGUGUGCACAAAUUCAAGGAAAAAUUAGAUUAAUGUAGAUAUGAAGACAGGUCAAUGAACCCUGCUCGAACCCUGUAACAUACAACUAGGUAAAUACACACACACACCGCUUAGUAUAGUGGUUAGCACCCUCGGCUCACAAUCAAGAGGGCCCGAGUUUGAGGCUUGGGAGUAACGAGGCAAAUGGGUGAGCCUCUUAAUGUGUAACCCCUGUUCACCUAGCAGCAAGUAGGUAUGGGAUGUAACUUGAGGGAUAGUGGCCUCGCUUUCUUGGUGUGUGGUGUGGUCUCAGUACUACCCAAAGAUCAGUCAGUAUGAGCUCUGCUGAGCUCUUUCCGUAGAGGGAAAGGCUGGCUGGGUGACCAGCAGGCAACCGUGGUGAAUAGCACCAGAUGCCCAGCAGGACAGCAGCCUGAUGUAUGUUGUGAGGUUUUGUCAGAGGCAACUUACAUGAAAAAAAUCAUCACUUGUUAGAGUUAUAAAAGCUUUAUUGUUUCUCUGUCAGAGAUUUAUUGUCAGUUUAUUUGUACUUUGUGUUUUGUUUGUCCAAGCUAAUGUCUAGCUAAGGAAGCCAACUCUGGAUUGGUUGCGUCUGUCUGGGUGAUGCACAGUAAAUUUUACUUUACUUUAUAUUGAUUUUGUUCACAAUGACAUUUUAGAGAAAUAUAAUUUUGCUAUCAUUGUGGACUAUUGUCCGUUUUCUAUUUUAGCCUUUGGUUACACUACAGGACCUUUCAUCUGUUGUAUGUUUAUAAUUUUAACCUUAUUCAUUCGUUGCAUUCCAUUUAUAUUCACAGCAAAUAUUUGUAUAAUUUUUAAAAUUCUGGCAUUUCUAUAUUAUUUUUAGUUGUUUACAAAAUGCAGUAGGGGAUUUAUUUACAAAUAUUGCACAUUUGGGAAAAUACUUUGUAAAUUGCUUUGAAAGAUGUUCUGCAAUGAUUAAAAAAUUUCAGUACUUCCUAUUCUUAAGAAUAGGAAAUAUUUAUUUUUUUAAAAUCUUAUAGAUAGGCAAUUGGUUCUUGAUUGUUCAGGUGUGUGAUUUUGUAAUUAAUAUUGGGUAUUAAAUGAAAAUCUUAUAUAUUAAAAGAGCAAUGUUUUUCUUUUGUACAUUAUAACAAUUAUCAAAAUCAACAGCCUGGUUGGUGUGCAUGAGGAUCCCAGCUCAGGCCAACACAGUCAUUCACUGCUGUGCAUUACCUGAGGAAAUGCUGCUGCACACCUAAACUCAUCAGAAUAUAUUUAUUAAUGAGGUAUAAUGGAAGCCAACUUUACAAGGGGAACAAAAUGUGCACCAUUUGAUUAUUCUGUGACAGCCUUAUUGGUUACUGAUAUGAGUUUCUGGGAUCUUGUAUCACACUAGUUCUUGGUAUUUACUGCAA